CGGGGAUGCGCUACGCCGAAGUGGGAGGGUUCUCGUGUGGUUUCUCUCAUCUUCUUGGAUGCCUUUCGCUCCCCUCCGGCGAUGGCGGUUCUCCACCUCCCCGCUGCCGGCCUUCCCUCAUUCCCAUUGAAACCCUCGUUUCCGAUCGGAGGACUCCCCUUCUUCCCUCCAUCUCCACGGACCCGGGGUUCACGGCUGGCCUCCUCUGCCUCCUUCUCCUUCUACGGUGGCGGCCUGCGCUUCUCCGGCGGAGGUUCCCGGUUCUUCAGCACCAGAUGGAGCUUCCCUCGCCACAAACGUGGUGUCGUGGUGAGGGCUAAAGCCUCGGAUUACUACGCGACACUGAACGUUAGCCGGAAUGCCACGCUCCAGGAGAUCAAGACCGCCUACCGGAAUCUCGCUCGCAAGUAUCAUCCAGAUAUGAAUAAGAGCCCUGGGGCAGAAGAAAAGUUUAAAGAGAUUAGUGCUGCAUAUGAGGUGUUAUCAGAUGAUGAGAAAAGACCUUUAUAUGAUCGCUAUGGUGAGGCAGGUUUACAAGGAGAAUAUGGAGGGAAUGGAGUUGGCCCACAAGGGGUAGAUCCUUUUGAAGUCUUUAAUGCAUUCUUUGGUGAUUCAGAUGGAUUUUUUGGAGACCCUGGAGGAAUCAACUUUGAUACAAAAUUUAAUCGCAGCCAGGGACUUGAUAUUCGUUAUGAUCUUCCUUUGAGCUUUGAAGAAUCAAUUUUUGGAGGACGACGGGAAAUAAAUGUCACUCGCUUUGAAACUUGUGACAAUUGUAAUGGGACUGGUGCAAAAUCUAGCAAUUGCAUAAAGACAUGUACUGAGUGUGGAGGUAGGGGUGGAGUGAUGAAAACCCAGAGAACACCAUUUGGAAUAGUGUCUCAGGUGUCUACUUGCUCAAAAUGUGGUGGCAAUGGCAGAACAAUCACUGAUCAAUGCAGAAGUUGUAAUGGUGAAGGAAGAGUGCAGGCUAAGCGAUGCAUCAGAGUAGAUAUUCCAGCAGGUGUUAAUGAUGGAUAUACCAUUCAAGUUCAGGGAGAAGGAAGCAUUGAUAAGAAAAGGGGUAUAGCUGGUGAUCUUUAUCUGUUCAUUCAGGUAAAUGAGAAACCAGGAAUUCGGAGGAAGGGUCUUAAUUUGUACUCAGAUGUCAGCAUAGAUUACACUGAAGCAAUACUAGGAACUACAGUAAAGGUGGAGACAAUUGAAGGAUACCAAGAUCUUCAAAUUCCUUCUGGUACACAACCUGGAGAGACACUAAAGCUUUCUAACAUGGGAGUUCCAAACAUCAAGAGACCUUCAGUUCGAGGUGAUCAUCAUUUUACUGUAAGGGUAGAGAUCCCCAAAAAUAUCAGUGAUGUGGAGCGCUCGCUAGUUGAAGAGUUGGCAUCUCUCAGGACUACUGAGGUUUCAUCAAUCCGAUCAAGAGGGAUACACAGCAACAAUAUUAAGAAACAUAAAAUGAGAAAGAAGCAAAGCCAUUCUUCACAAAAAAGGACCAAAGGUUCCUUGUGGAGCUCUAUCAGGAAUUUGUUUGGAGGAAAUCAAACCCGGACAGGGUUCGCGUCAUUUAGUGUACAACCUUUAGCACCAGCGUGGAGGACCCCUGGAGCUGAUCCUUCUGUAGUGAUUUCCAUAAGUGUUGUUUUUGUAAUAACAUAUCUCAUAUCCACGGUUGGUAGAGCUGGUUGCAGUUCAUUUUCACGGCAGAGCAAUGCGUCUACUCGGCAUAGAAUGGUCAAAGGAAGAUGAAUGAUACUUCCAAAUAUGUUGUCCCUCAUAUCAUAAUAAAUAUUCUGAAUAGGUGGAAAUUAUCAUGCCCAGCGGUCUAAUCUUUCCUAAGUCAGGAGGAUAAAUUUUUGAUUCUUCCUCUAUGAUGUUCCCAAUGUGGCUGCGUUCUGAAUCUUCUGACCCCAGCGAUGAAUUUUUUAUUCAUCUAGAGUUGAACCCUCCGACUGGCCCUGGAAGAAAUGCUAAGUUGGCCCCGGUGCAAGCCACCUUGCCUAUCAUCGAGGCCUCCCGAUUCCUGAGAAAAUGGAAUGCAGACAUGGUGCAUCUUUCCCAUAUCUAUAAAAAUUAACAUGUGAACAAUGUCAGAAAAUAUGUUUAGUAGACUUUAUUUUAUUUGGGUCUGGUGCACUGUCUAAAGAGCGAAGAAAAGGACGGAGAGCACAUGGGAUUGCCAUUCUGUUCUGGUUUUUCUUGAUAACCAUGGCAAGAGUGCAGAUAGCUAUGAGGUUCCUGUGUAUGAGAAUGAAUUUGAUUUUUGGCGCUCUUCUUUUUUUAUCCUCUAAAUAUGCGUGCAAUACAUGUCUAUAUAAAUUUGUUGAUACUUGCGGAUUCAUGGAUCAUAAUUUUCACGACAUGUUAUAGAUGAUAUGAACACAAAUCUGUUAUUACUUCUUACGAACUUGGGCUUGUCCUCGCCUUUGUUUAGCAGAGGUUUGACUCCUGGAUAAUGUAUUCUCAUGAGAAGUAUAUCUGGAUAAUUAAAGUAUGGAAUGGGCUUCCCUUUCUCCCAGAAUUAAAGGAAUUAUUGAAUGUUGAUGUUG